ACAGCAGAUCAGCCAAUGACUGUGAGGAAAAGCUGAUGUUUGCUUUGGAUCGGAGCACAACUCUUAUCUGUUGAUAGAAAGUGAAACUAUCAGACGUUCACUGUGACUGAGAGGGGAAAUGGCACAGCGAGGAAUUCAGCUGGACUCGGCAAAGUUUUGCUGUUCCAUCUGUCUGGAUCUGCUGAAGGAUCCGGUGACUAUUCCCUGUGGACACAGCUACUGCAUGAGCUGUAUUAAAGACUGCUGGGAUGGAGAGGAGCACAAGGAAAUCUACAGCUGCCCGCAGUGCAGACAAACCUUCACACCAAGGCCUGUCCUGGUGAAAAACACCAUGUUUGCAGAUGUAGUGGAGGAAAUGAAGAAGAUGGGACUCCAAGCUGCUCCUCCUGAUCUCUGCUAUGCUGGACCUGGAGAUGUGGCCUGUGAUUUCUGCUCUGGGAGGAAACUGAAAGCCCUCAAGUCCUGUCUGGUGUGUCUGGUCUCUUACUGUGAGCAGCACCUCCAGCCUCACUAUCAAUCCCCUGCCUUUGAAAAACACAAGCUGGUAAACCCAUUCAAUCAGCUUCAGGAGAACAUCUGCUCUAAUCAUGAUGAGGUGAUGAAGAUUUUCUGCCAUACUGAUCAGCAGUGUAUCUGUUAUCUCUGCUCCAUGGAUGAACAUAAAGGCCACCACACAGUCUCAGCUGCAGCAGAAUGGACGGAGAGGCAGAAAGAGCUCGGGGUGAGUCGGCAAAAAAUCCAGCAGAGAAUCCAGAACACAGAGAAAGACGUGAAGGUGCUUCAACAGGAGGUGGAGGAGAUCAAUCGCUCUGCUGAUAAAGCAGUGGAGGACAGUGAGGAGAUCUUCACUCAGCUGAUCACUUUGAUUGAGAAAAGAAGGUCUGAUGUGAAGCAGCAGAUCAGAUCCCAGCAGAAAGAGGAAGUGAGUCGGGCUGAAGAAGUUCAGGAGAAGCUGAAGCAGGAGAUCGCUGAGCUGAGGAGGAAAGACGCUGAGCUGGAGCAGCUCUCACACACAGAGGAUCACAUCCAUUUUCUACAAAAUUACCCCUCGCUCUCAUGUCUCAGUGAAUCUACAGACUCACCCAGCAACAACAUCCGUCCUCUGAGCUACUUUGAGGAUGUGACUGCAGCUGUGUCAGAGCUGAGAGAGAAACUACAGGACCUUCUUAGUGAGGAAUGGUCCAAGAUCUCAAGGACAGUGACUGGAGUGGAUGUUUUACUGUCACAACCAGAGCCCAAGACCAGAGAUGAAUUCUUACAAUAUUCAUAUCACAUCACACUGGAUCCAAACACAGCACACAGACGUCUGUCAUUAUCUGAGGGGAACAGGAAAGCAAGAGAAAUGAGAGCAGAUCAGUCAUAUCCCAGUCACCCAGACAGAUUUACUGAAUUGUGGCAGGUUCUGAGUAGAGAGAGUCUGAGUGGACGUUGUUACUGGGAAGUGAAGUGGAAUGGGAAAGUUUUAGUAGCAGUCUCAUAUAAGGAUAUCAGCAGAACAGGGACCAAUGAUGCAUGUGGAUUUGGAUGCAAUGACAAAUCUUGGGCAUUGGACUGUGACAACAACAAGUGUCAAUUCAAUCACAACAAAAUCGAAACUAAAAUCCCACUCCCUGUGUCCUCCAGAGUGGGAGUGUACCUGGAUCACAGAGCAGGUAUUCUGUCCUUCUACAGCAUCUCUGAAACCAUGACUCUCCUCCACAGAGUCCAGACCACAUUCACUCAGCCUCUCCAUGCUGGUCUUGGGCUUUAUUUUGACAAAUUUGUCCAUGAUGCCCGUGAAAUGGCGCAGCGAGGAAUUCAGCCGGACUCGGCAAAGUUUUGCUGUUCCAUCUGUCUGGAUCUGCUGAAGGAUCCGGUGACUAUUCCCUGUGGACACAGCUACUGCAUGAGCUGUAUUAAAGACUGCUGGGAUGGAGAGGAGCACAAGGAAAUCUACAGCUGCCCACAGUGCAGACAAACCUUCACACCAAGGCCUGUCCUGGUGAAAAGUACCAUGUUAGCAGAGUUACUGGAGGAAAUGAAGAAGACGGGACUCCAAGCUGCUCCUCCUGAUCUCUGCUACGCUGGACCUGGAGAUGUGGCCUGUGAUGUCUGCUCUGGGAGGAAACUGAAAGCCCUCAAGUCCUGUCUGGUGUGUCUGGCCUCUUACUGUGAGCACCACCUCCAGCCUCACUAUCAAUCCCCCGCCUUUGAAAAACACAAGCUGGUAAACCCAUUCAAGCAGCUUCAGGAGAACAUCUGCUCUAAUCAUGAUGAGGUGAUGAAGAUUUUCUGCCGCACUGAUCAGCAGUGUAUCUGUUAUCUCUGCUCCAUGGAUGAACAUAAAGGCCACCACACAGUCUCAGCUGCAGCAGAAAGGAAAGAGAGGCAGAAAGAGCUCGGGGUGAGUUGGCAAAAAAUCCAGCAGAGAAUCCAGGACAGAGAGAAAGACGUGAAGGUGCUUCAGCAGGAGGUGGAGGAGAUCAAUCACUCUGCUGAUAAAGCAGUGGAGGACAGUGAGGAGAUCUUCACUGAGCUGAUCACUUUGAUGGAGAAAAGAAGGUCUGAUGUGAAGCAGCAGAUCAGAUCCCAGCAGAAAGAGGAAGUGAGUCGGGUUGAAGAAGUUCAGGAGAAGCUGAAGCAGGAGAUCGCUGAGCUGAGGAGGAAAGACACUGAGCUGGAGCAGCUCUCACACACACAGGAUCACGUCCAUUUUCUACAGAAUUGCCCCUCGCUCUCAUGUCUCAGUGAAUCUACAGACUCACCCAGCACCAACAUCCGUCCUCUGAGCUACUUUGAGGAUGUGACUGCAGUUGUGUCAGAGCUGAGAGAGAAACUACAGGACCUUCUUAGUGAGGAAUGGUCCAAGAUCUCACUGACAGUGACUGGAGUGGAUGUUUUACUGCCACAACCAGAGCCCAAGACCAGAGAUGAAUUCUUACAAUAUUCAUGUCCCAUCACACUGGAUCCAAACACAGCAAACACAUGGCUGUCAUUAUCUGAGAGGAAAAGAAAAGUGACACGAAUGGCAAAAGAACAGUCAUAUCCCAGUCACCCAGACAGAUUCAUUGAAUGGUGUCAGGUCCUGAGUAGAGAGAGUCUGACUGGACGUUGUUACUGGGAGAUGAAGUUGAAGGGGGAAGUUUAUAUAGCAGUCUCAUAUAAGGAUAUCAGCAGAACAGGAACUGUGGAUGUAUGUGGAUUUGGAUAUAAUGACAAAUCUUGGGCAUUGUUUUUUUACAACACAAAGUGUCACUUCAAACACAACAAAAUCGAAACUGAAAUCCCGCUCCCUGUGUCCUCCAGAGUGGGAGUGUACCUGGAUCCCAGAGCAGGUAUUCUGUCCUUCUACAGCGUCUCUGAAACCAUGACUCUCCUCCACAGAGUCCAGACCACAUUCACUCAGCCUCUCCAUGCUGGACUUGGGCUUUAUUAUCACCCACGUUUCAACACCACUGCUGAAUUUGUCUAAACCCCUCAUUCUGAGUAGUGAGGGUUUAUUAAAACAGUAUCAGAUUCUGAUUUUCUGUUUUGUCUCCAUCUUU